AACAACCAAAUCUCGAUGGACUACUUCUAUCCAAAAGAAAACAUAAACAAAUCAAUAAAUAAGAGAUUUAUUUUAAAUUUAUAAAUAAAAUCAAAAUAACACUGAACGAUGAGCUGUAAUUACGCAGACGGACUUUCGGCCUACCAUGACAAGGGAAUCCUGGGAGCGCCCGAGAGCUUCGACAGCGAGGAAGUUGUCUCCGAAAAGUGCCAGGAACUCGCCGAUUUGAUCAAGAAAUCGGGACACGUUGUCCUGCACACGGGAGCUGGCAUCAGUACAUCCGCGGGAAUUCCGGAUUUCCGGGGACCCAAAGGCGUUUGGACCCUGGAGGAGAAGGGCGAGAAGCCGGACUUCAACGUCUCCUUCGAUGAAGCCAGACCCACCAAAACCCACAUGGCCAUUAUAUCUCUGAUCGAAUGUGGCUAUGUGCAGUAUGUAGUCUCCCAGAACAUUGAUGGUCUGCACCUGAAAUCCGGUCUGGAUAGGAAAUAUCUUUCCGAAUUGCACGGCAACAUUUACAUAGAACAAUGCAAGAAGUGCCGACGUCAGUUUGUGAGUUCCUCUGCUGUGGAAACAGUGGGUCAAAAAUCUCUAGAUCGUCCGUGUAAAUCUUCUUUGGAUAGCAAAGGUCGCAGCUGCAGAUCGGGAAUCCUAUACGAUAACGUUCUGGAUUGGGAACACGAUCUUCCCGAAAACGACCUGGAAAUGGGUGUGAUGCACUCCACCGUCGCUGAUUUAAAUAUUGCUCUGGGAACCACUCUGCAAAUCGUUCCCAGCGGUGAUCUUCCCCUAAAAAAUCUUAAACGCGGUGGUAAAUUUGUAAUCUGUAACCUGCAACCUACAAAACAUGAUAAAAAAGCGAAUUUAAUCAUAUCCAGCUAUGUGGAUGUGGUUUUGUCGAAGGUUUGCAAAUUAUUGGGAGUCGAAAUACCCGAAUAUUCAGAAUCAUCCGAUCCCACAAAGCAACCGAAGCCAAUUGAGUGGACCAUACCCACAAAUAAUGUAAAUACUUUUCACAAACAGUAUAGGAAAUAUGUGAAGGAUACGAAAAUUGAAUCUAAAGCUAAGAAAACGAAAUAUAAGUAAA